AUGUCGAGCAAAAAAAGUAAGUGGUCGGACGAAUAUGUACAAUAUGGAUUCACAUGUAUAACGGAACGUGAUGGGAGUCAGCGUCCUAACUGUAUGAUUUGCAAUGCCAAAUUGAGCAAUUCUAGUCUAGCACCGGCAAAACUAAGAGAACACUUCCUUAAGCUGCAUGGAGAUGGAAAAUACAAGAACACAACGCUCGCUGAAUUCAAGGUGAGGAGAACCAGAUUCGAUGAAAAGGCUAGUCUGCCUGUUCUCGGCUUUGUACCCAUCAACAAACCGAUCCUCAUAGCAUCGUACGAAGUUGCUUACCUGAUCGCAAAGCAGGGCAAACCCCACACCAUUGGUGAAACACUCAUAAAACCAGCUGUGUUGAAGAUGGCGAAUAUCAUGCUGGGAAAAGCGGCUGAAGUUAAGUUAUCCCAAAUUCCUCUUUCAAAUAACACCAUCAGCGACAGAAUAGAGGACAUGAGCAAAGACAUCUUGGCUCAAAUAGUUGCAGAUCUGAUUUCAAGCCCGGCAAAAUUCAGCCUUCAAGUCGACGAGACCACAGACGUCUCCAAUCUAAGCCAGCUUGCAGUAUUCGUGCGCUAUGUGAAAGACGACGUGAUAAAGGAAGAGUUUUUAUUUUGUAAGCCUCUUACAACAACAACUAAGGCAGCCGAUGUGAAGAAACUUGUGGAUGACUUCUUCAAAGACAACAAUCUUUCGUGGGAUAUGGUUUCUGCAGUUUGUUCGGAUAGAGCUCCAGCCAUGCUGAGAAGAAAGUCUGGUUUUGGUGCGCUAGUGAAAGCCGAUGCACCACACAUCAUUGUUACGCAUUGUAUUCUGCAUAGGCAUGCAUUGGCAACAAAAACCUUGCCUCCAAAACUGGCAGAAGUAUUAAAAAUUGUAGUGGAAUGUGUGAACUAUGUGCGAAAUAGUGCUCUGAGGCACCGCAUCUUCAGGGAGCUGUGUAAAGAAAUGGGAUCUGAAUUUGAGGUACUUCUGUACCAUUCCAACGUUCGGUGGUUAUCCCGGGGACAGGUGUUGAAUCGUGUUUUUGCCGUGCGUGUGGAAUUAGCCCUGUUUUUGCAAGAGCACCAACAUUGUCAUGCAGAUUGCUUCAAAGAUUCUGAGUUCAUUCUCAUUUUAGCGUACAUGACUGAUAUCUUUGCAGCUCUAAAUCAUCUCAAUCAACAGAUGCAGGGCGGUGGAGUCAACAUCAUCGAAGCGGAAGAAAACCUGAAGGCUUUUCAAAAAAAGCUACCACGACUGUGUAAGAUCGAAGAUGUAUCUGGAAUCGGAGACAUUUCUGUACCCACGGAACUGAAGCAAGCAAUUGCCACACACUUAGAUGAGCUUGCAACGUCUCUUGAUGGAUACUUCCCUACAAGAGAGUCAUAUCCAGCAUGGGUGAGACAGCCGUUCACAUUUAGUGUUGAGACAACAGAUGUCAAUGAUGAAUACCUCGAUGAAAUCAUUGAACUUCAGCAGAGCCAGGUUCAACAGCAACUCUUCAGAUCAACAACGCUCUCAACGUUUUGGUGUCAACAAAUGGUAACGUACCCUGUUAUUGCUAAGAAAGCUCUGGAGUUUUUCAUACCGUUUGUUACAACAUAUCUUUGCGAGCAAUCCUUUUCAAGGAUGCUGGACAUAAAAACGAAGAAAAGGAACAGACUUUGUUGCGAAAAUGACAUGAGAGUGGCACUUGCCAAGGUAAAGCCGCGCAUUUCUGACCUGGUCUCUGAAAGACAACAGCAGAAGUCACACUGA